CGGCCUCCCUCCUGCUCUCUGCCCGGGCCGGGCACCGGAGCCGGAUCCCCGGAUCACCGCAGGCUGUCCCGGUCGGUCUGUGACGGUUCACGGAGCUGCGAGGAGAGAACCAGCGGCGGCAGCCGGCAACAAGUUGCACCGCCCGCCCGGCUCACAGCUCCGUCGGCCGGGUCAGCUCUCUUCAUCACCGGGCCUGAGCUGAGCUCAGCAGGUGGGAAGAGUUCCGAGCACGGGGCGGCCCUGCUGGGCGGGGCGGAGUGUGGGAAGCAGCAGGAGCAGGUGGGCGGUGUCUGUCUGCAGAUCACCUGAGAUACGACACAAAGUGGGCGGGUCAUAUGUCGCGUCAAGUCUACCUUAAAGACGUGUCUAAUGGUGUGUCAGGAGAAACAGUGUCUCCAUGUUGAGGAUAAUGAGUCCAACCCUGAAGCCUUAAACACAACAGCUGCAAACCAGCCAGGAGCCUGAACUCUGAAAUAACGUGGUGGAGGAGAGUAACUGAGCAGGCCUGCAUAGGCUGCUCGCCACCGGCCCUCCCUCCCAUCCCUCCAGCAGCUGUGGGGUUUUGAAAACAUUUUGUUUAAUUGCCAUCGUCCAUUUCGGAGGAUCCUCUAGUUGUCUGGAAGAAUGAGCGCCUACACCGUGUCGCUGCCCGGCCCCGGCCCCUGGGGCUUCAGGCUGCAGGGGGGGAAGGACUUCAACAUGCCGCUGACCAUCUCCAGGAUCACUCCGGGCAGCAAGGCGGCGCAGGGUAACCUGGUCCAGGGUGAUGUCAUCGUCGCCAUCGACGGCGUCAGCACCGAGGGGAUGACUCACCUGGAGGCCCAGAACAAGAUCAAGAUGGCCAACUACAACCUGGCGCUCACCAUGACCAAGGCGAAGCGUCCCGCUCUGAUGCCGACACCGAGAAUCGACACCGCUAUUCCCAUGAUCCCUCACCAACAGAUUUUCUCCCCCGCUGCUCCCAACGCCGCCUUCGGCCCCGGCGCCCUGGACAACGCCCUCUCCACCCAUAAGCCCAUAGAGGUGAAGGGCCCCGGCGGCAAGGCCACUAUCAUCCACGCCCAGUACAACACGCCCAUCAGCAUGUACUCGCAGGACGCCAUCAUGGACGCCAUCGCAGGACAGACGCAGGGGAAGGGGCACGACGCUGGUACUCUCCCAGUUAAAGAUCGCCUUGUAGACAGCAGCUCCCCGGUCUAUCAGGCCGUCCAGAGUGCAGAGAAGGACCCGGACCUUGGCGAAUGGGGCCGCCGCAGCGCCAACAUGCAGUCCAAGUCCUUCCGGGUCCUGGCCCACAUGACCGGAACCGAGUCCUUACCGGCGGAGGAGGAGGAGGAGAAGGAGGAGGCGCUGAGGAGGAGCAGCCCUACUGAGCAUGCUCAAGCUUCUGCUGGCUCCGCCUCCGCUGCUCCACCUGCUAGCGGCGCCUUGCAGCCUCUGGACCCCGCCCUUGCUUCAUCUGACCCCGCCCCUCACAGCCUGAAGCGACAGUCUGCCGCUGGUUACAGCCUCCAGCACAAAGCUGCAGUCUCCAGCCAGUACGGUCAGCCUCAUGCCAUGUAUCAGGCUCCACAAGCCCCGCCUCCACAGCAGUACCAGCCAAUCCCUCAGCAGUACCAGCAGCCCCCCUCGCAACAUGCCCCGCCCACUCAGCAGAGCUCCAUUCAGAUCCCUCUUGGCUCCGCCCCUCCUAAGGUGGUCAGCACCGCCUGCAUCUACCCGUCCCAGCCAGCCUCAGCUCCCGCUCCAGCUCCAGUCCCACCUCAGCCCCGCCCUCCAGCCGCUGCCCCGGCUCCAGCUGGUCCUGCCUCCUCUAACAGACCCCCCUGGGUGUCCGACACCAACUUCGCCGAUAAGUUCGACCCCAGUAAGAUGACCACCACCACCAUGAAGAUUCAGCCGCUGCCCCAGGCCGCCCCUCCUCCACCAGCGUACAUCCCCAACCCCUCCCCGUCCGCACCUGCAGCUCCAAGCCCAGCCCCCAUCCCACAAAGCCCCGCCCCUUUCAAUCCUGUGGCGAGGGGCGUGGCCCAAAGGGCGGAGAGGUUCGCCGCUAGCAGCCGUACGCCUCUGUGUGGGUCCUGCAACAGCAUCAUCAGGGGCCCCUUCCUGGUGGCCCUCGGUCGGUCCUGGCACCCCGAGGAGUUUAACUGCCACUACUGCCACAUGUCUCUGGCCGACGUCAGCUUUGUGGAGGAACAGAACAGCGUCUACUGUGAGAACUGCUACGAGGAGUUCUUCGCUCCGACCUGCGCCCGCUGCAACACCAAGAUCAUGGGGGAAGUGAUGCACGCUCUGCGGCAGACGUGGCACACCACCUGCUUCGUGUGCGCGGCCUGCGGCAAAGCGUUCGGAAACAGCCUCUUCCACAUGGAAGACGGAGAGCCGUACUGCGAGAAAGAUUAUAUUUCACUCUUCAGCACCAAGUGUCAUGGCUGUGACUUCCCAGUUGAAGCUGGUGAUAAGUUCAUUGAGGCUCUGGGUCACACCUGGCACGACACCUGCUUCGUCUGCGCGGUUUGCCAUGUGAACCUUGAGGGUCAGCCUUUCUACUCAAAGAAAGACAAACCUCUGUGCAAGAAGCACGCUCACGCCAUCAACGUGUAGACCCGCCCCCUCCUCUUCCAGGGGGCGGGGCCAACCGGCUGCAGAUCUGCUGCUCCCGCCGUCGCUGGGGGCAACCGCCGGCCACGACAACGCACGCAAGCCGACGACGACAACUUUUACAGAUGUGUGUAAACGCUCUUUACGCAAAAUACACUUUGGUUUGAUUUUGUGCAUUAAUAUUAAUGGUUAAACGACGCUGCCUGAUGAUUCUGCUUCAAAACAGGAAAUUAUGCAAAAACAAAGUCAUGAUGUUUUGUGUUGUCCAUCCAACCGUCUUUAAUAUGUACUGUAGUGUUGUGUUUUUCUCAUGUUUUCUACCAGAAACUACUUGCGUAUUCGAUGUGACCGCUGUGCUGUUCGGUUCAGAAAUGGAGGAGUGGAUAUGGAGUGUGGAGUGCGCCAUAUGAAAUGACUUUUUCAGUGUUAAGUUCGAAUCAAUUAAUAAACUGAUACAUCUGAGAAAAAAUAAUAUGUAACUUAACUGAUAAUGCAAUUCAAUAUGCAAAUUCAAUAUUAACUUGGAUUGUACUUCAUUUGUACGUCGCUUUGGACAAAGCGCCAAAUGAAUAAACGUAAAUAAAAUAAUGUAGAAUUCUCUUUGAAUAUUCUUGUUAUUAAUUGGUGAAAUAACAAAGCAAUUAAAAAAUAUAUAAUUUAAAGUUUUUUUUAAAUUAAUUUUGCGAUUCCAUUUUAAAAUUAAAUGAAAUAAAACACUGAAAAAUGCUGUAAUUAUUCCAGUGGCACACUUAAGACUCCAUACAUGUGAACUGCACAGCUGUAGUUUGUCUCCAGAAGAUUGUUCUCAUCACACUGUAUCUCGGACUUGUCUCGGUAAUGUGCCUGUUUUGAUUUAGGUUUGUUUAGGUCUUUUGAAAGCUACCAUACUUUUUUUUUCACUUUACAAAAAAAAAAAUGUUAUAUUAAUAUUUGAUUCAACACUACAAUGUAAAAUAUUUCACCUGUAGAAAUCACAGACUAUAGAAACCAAAAGGUUAUUCCGAGCAGCAGGUGGAAGAGUGAAGCAUCACUUUUACAUUUUAAAAAGACAUAAAUGAACUGUGUCUGACAUGUUGUAAGAAGUGAGACUGGCAGUGAAUGUAACAUGAAUGUUUUUGGAAACAUGACCAGGUGACUCUUUUCACUGGCCUCAUUCCAGCAGGUCAAAUAUGAAAAACAAGUCUAAGUGCACAUUGAUACUGUGUAAGUACGCGGUCACACUAGAAUGUAAUACAGCAAAAUUCAUUCAUGCAUCCUCAUUAAAUAGGUGGUUCUGAGAGUCAGAAGGUGAUAGGUAGUUGGCUAGUUGGUAAUAUCAUGGACGGAUCACUGAAGAGGCCCAUCGGGUACAGAUCUCAGGACCCUGGACCAGAACCCCUAUAUGAAGUGACUGUUUCCAGUGACAGGAAACUACAAAAAAAUGCAAAACGACUACAAAGAGACUCAAAACAACUACAAAGAGACGCAGAAUGACCACAUAGACGUAAAACUACCACAAAGAGAUGCACCACAACUACAAAGAGACGCAAAACGACUACAAAGAGACACAAAACAGCUACGAAGAGACACAAAACGACCACAUAGACGCAAAACUACCACAAAGAGAUGCACCACAACUACAAAGAGAUGCAAAACGACUACGAAGAGACACAAAACAACUACAAAGAGACACAGAACGACCAGAUAGACGCAAAACGACCACAGAGACACAAAACAACUACAAAGAAAUACAGAAUGACCAGAUAGAUGCAAAUCGACCACAUAGACGCAAAACUACCACAAAGAGAUGCACCACAACUACAAAGAGACACACCACAACUACAAAGAGACACAAAACGACUACGAAGAGACACAGAACGACUACGAAGAGACACAGAAUGACUAGAUAGACCCAAAACGACCACAAAAAGAGACAAAACAACUACGAAGAAAUGCAGAACGACCACAUAGAGAUGCACCACAACUACAAAGAUACACAAAACGACUACAAAGAGACACAAAACAACUAUGAAGAGACCCAGGACGACCAGAUAGAGACACAAAAUGACCACAAAGAGACUCAAAACGACCACAGAGAGCAAAGCGCGGUUCUCUGUCAAGAUGAAACUAUAAAGUUUUAUCACCUCCACAUUUCACCUCCACAGGGUGUGUUUGAUUCAAAAAGAAAUGAAUGCUGUGUAAAGCACAAGCAGUCUGGACUUACUCCUGCUCUCACACAGUAUUUCAGUGUAUUUGGAGUUGUUUUUCCAGGUGAACCUGCUCAGGUGAGGCUGCUGCAGAGUGUUGAUGGUGUCUGAAGAUGUGAUGUGGAGCGUAGCUACUAAUCCCUCUUUGACUUCAUGCACAGUAGGUGUUACUAUGCAACAAAUAACCUUGAAUUUCAUAUUUAUUGACUAUUUUGACUGCGUGAUAUUUAUUUAAAAGCUAAUAUAUCAUCACUGCUGCGUUCAGUGCUCAUCAAAUGACUAGUUGUUUAAUUUGUUUUGUGGAUGUUUGGCAUCACAAGAUGUAUUUUGAGUGUUGAUGGAUUGUUUUAUUGUAAUUACUCUGUUGCUAUCCUGAACUGUAAGGGCUUGAAUGUUUAUUACAGUGGCAUUUUUUCACUACAAGGCCACUUAAUGGCUCCGUUCACACUGCAGGCCUUUAGUUUGUUUUAAUGACUAUUGCAUGAUACUUUAAAAUAUUUUUUAUUUUCUUUCAUCUUGUGCACACAAGAUCGAAUACAAAAAUCAUCUUUUGGGACUUCGGGGGGCUCUAUAAGGUACAACUUACAUCCCAUUAAGAUACAAGGCAACAGUAAACAUGUCGUCAGCCACGAAGCCUCUCGUUGCAACAUAAAUAAACGAGGUAUCAUUAGCUUUA